CAGACACAACUCAUGAUAGAGAGACAGAGAGACACACAGAUAGAGAUUCCUCCAGGACUUUUACUUUUACACAAAAAACAAAACAUGGAAUAUGCGGUUUAUGAUGAUCGCUACAUCUUGAAACUUUGUUUUCACUUACCACCCAACCAUGAUCAUCCAGGUACCAGUUCAUCAACUGGCCUAAGCCAGCGGGUCUAUGCUCUGGUGACCAAUAUGAGACCAGAUGAAACUUUGAGUUUGGAGAAGCUGCACUGCAUCGCAGGGAGAAUCCCAGCACUCCACCAGCGGCUCAGAGGCCCUCAUGUUUAUGUGCCUCCAGCUGACCGCCCAAGCCUGAAAAUGAUUAAGGCCCCCUACCAGCCAUCCCCAGGUGACCAUCCGGUUAAAGAGGCCUGGAAAGCCUACACUGGCUCAAGAUGCCCUGUCUUCAAACUGGACUCACAGGCCACAGUCUACCGACCACAGGUAGCUAUGCAAAAACAAAGGCCUCAGAUGAUGCCCCCUGUCGCUCUCGAAGUACCGUGGCACCCUGAAGAGGCGGAGGAGAGAAAUGCCGAUUUGGGCCCCACUACCCUGUACAGUGCCCAGGUGUCAGCAGAUGGACAGAAGUUCUACGAAGUGUUUACCCCAAUCGAACACUCUGGCGGGGAGAAGAUCCCAGGGCUGUGGCGGUUUUCAGCUUAUAACCAGGACAACACCCUCUACUUCUCAGUGGUUGUUAACGUCACAGAGGAGAGAGACAUGCCAAAGAAGCCUUCAAACAGAAAAAGAAAGGCUGAUGACAAUGGCCAGCACGAUGACCAGUCUCCUUCUAGGAAAAGGGCCAACAUACCAUAAAAAAUAAAUUUGACUUG